GUUAUACGUGGUGGCCAGUCGGGCCGUCGGUCUCGCGCCGGAGGAGAUCCGUAGGUGACGUGCUAGAGCCGCCAUCGUGCACUAGCGGAGCCCUCACGCAUCGAGGCGCCUUCGCGUCUUUGAAGUUGCCGGGUGACGCCUCCUGGGCCUCAUGGCCCCUUUGCUGUCUGGGCCUGGAGGCCUGGCCUGCAGCCUCCUCCUCUUGCUGCUGCUGCUGCUGCUGCUGCCACGGCUGAAGUUGGGUUUCGAGGAAGAUGACAUCAAGCCAGCUUGUGGCAAACCCUGGUGGCCGAAGGAUUUGGACGUGACCCGCCAUUGGCCCUGGGAAGUGAGCCUCCGACUGGAAAGUGAGCACGUGUGUGGAGGGGCCCUCAUUGGCCACGAGUGGGUGGUGACUGCAGCCCACUGCAUCCAAGGCACCAAAGAGUACUCGGUGGUUCUCGGCACCUCCCAGCUGAAGCCCUUGGGCCCCUGGAAGGCCGUCUCCAUCCCCGUGAGGGACAUCAUCAUGCACCCCAAGUACUGGGGCCGGACCUUCACCAUGGGCGACGUUGCCCUUCUCCGGCUUCACGCCCCCGCCAUCUUCAGCAAGUACGUGCAGCCCAUCUGCCUCCCCGAGCCCACCUACAACCUGAAGGUUGGGACGCAGUGCUGGGUGACUGGCUGGAGCCAGGCCAAGCAGCGCUUCUCAGCCAACUCCACGCUGACCCCGGAGCUGCAGGAGGCCGAGGUGUUUAUCAUGGACAACAAGAGGUGUGACCAGAUUUACCGCAGGAAGUCCGUCAUCCCCCGUGUUAUUCCCCUUGUCUUGGGGGACAUGAUCUGCGCCACCAAUUAUGGAGAAAACCUGUGCUAUGGGGACUCUGGAGGCCCACUGGCUUGCGAAGUCGAGGACAGAUGGAUUCUGGCUGGGGUGUUGUCCUGGGAAAAGGCCUGCGCCAGAGCACAGAAUCCAGGAGUAUACACACGCGUCACCAAAUACAGCAGGUGGAUCAAGAAUCACAUGAGCAGCAGGGCUCCCGCAGGCCCCUGCACCUCCAUUGGGCUUCUCCUCCUGCCCUGGCUGCUGCAGCCCCAAACGGGCCCCUGAUCUCCCCUCCCUUCUUCCUCCUGCUCCGCCUCUGCCAAAUGGGGCCAGAUCAACGUCAGACCAAGGCCACGUGUCCAUAUUCAACAAGAGUCAAGGUGGGGACAGAGCGACCACUGGGAGACCUAAUCCCAGUGGGGAGAGCUGUGGUGGAUGACUAGGCCUUGGCAGGCCAGGAGAAGGGAAGUGUGACCUGGAAGGGCUCUGGCAUUGGGGCCCAGAACAGCAGGGAUUAAAUCUGUGCA